AUGCGGCACGGAUUGCUGUGCGACGACACUUCUCCACAACGCCUACACUACUCCACAGCGUCUAAACUUCCGCACAGCGCCUACACUACUCCACAGCGUCUAAACUACUCCACAACGUCUAAAUUCCCCACAGCGCCUACACUACUCCACAACGCAAACACUACUCCACAGCGUCUAAACUUCCCAUCAGCGCCUACACUACUCCACAGCGCCAACACUACUCUACAACGCCUACACUACUCCACAGCGUCUAAACUUCCACACAUCGCAUACACUACUCCACAACGGAAACAAUACUCCACAGCGCCAAAACUACUCUACAACGCUAACACUACUCUACAGCGCCAACACUACUCCAACAUGCAUACGUCUAAACCUCCCCACAGCGCCUACACUAGGCGCCUACACUACUCCACAGCGCGAGGCCAGUACUACUCCACAGCACCAACAUUACUCUACAGCGCCUUCACGUCUCCACAGCGCCAAUACUACUCCACAGAGACCAUUACUCCACAGCGCCUACGCUACUCCAUAGAGACCACUACUCUAAAGUGCCAACACUACUCCACAGAGACCACUACUCCACAGCGCCAACACUACUCCACAGAGACCAUUACUCCACAGCGCCUACGCUACUCCAUAGAGACCACUACUCUAAAGUGCCAACACUACUCCACAGAGACCACUACUCCACAGCGCCAACACUACUCCAUAGAAACCACUACUCCAGAGCGCCUACACUACUCCAAGAAACCACAACUCCACACGCUUACAUUACUACACAGAGACCACUACUCCACAGCGCCAUCACUUUUCCACAGAGACAACUACUCCACAGCGCCAAUACUACUCAACAGAGACCACUACUCCAUAGCGCCAACACUACUCCACAGAGACAACUACUCCACAGCGCCAUUACUACUCAACAGAGACCACUACUCCAUAGCGCCAACACUACUCCACAGAGACCACUACUCCACAGUGCCAACACUACUCCGCAGUGCCAACACUACUCCGCAGUGCCAACACUACUCCACAGCGCCAACACUACUCCACAGCGCCAACACUACUCCACAGAGACCACUACUCAACAGCGCCAACACUUUUCCACAGAGACAACUACUCCACAGCGCCAAUACUACUCAACAGAGACCACUACUCCAUAGCGCCAACACUACUCCACAGAGACCACUACUCCACAGUGCCAACACUACUCCGCAGUGCCAACACUACUUCACAGCGCCAACACUACUCCACAGAGACCACUACUCAACAGCGCCAACACUUUUCCACAGAGACAACUUUUCCACAGCGCCAAUACUACUCAACAGGGACAACUACUCCACAGUGCCAACACUACUCCACAGUGCCAACACUACUCCACAGCGCCAACACUCUCCACAGCGCCACUGCACCAGCACUACUCCACCGUCAACACUUAUCCACAGAGACCACUACUCCACAGCGCCUACACUACUCUACAAGCGCCUACAGUACUCAACAGAGCCAACACUACUCAACAGAGACCACUACUCACAGUACCAUCACCACUCCAAAGAGACCACUACUCCACAGCGCCUACACUUCUCCACAGCGCCUCCAAUACUCCUGAUCGCCAACACUACUCCACAGAGACCACUACUCAACCCGCCUACACUUCUUCACAGCUCCAAUACUACUCCACAACGCCUACACUACUACACAGCGUCUAAACUUCUCCACAGCGCCUACACUACUCCACAGAGACCACUACUCCACAAAGCCAACACUACUCCGCAGUGCCAACAAUAUUCCACAGCGCCAACACUACUCCACAGAGAUCACUACUCAACAGGGCCAACACUUUUCCACAGAGACAACUACUCCACAGCGCCAACACUACUCCACAGAGACCACUACUCCACAGUUCCAACACUACUCCGCAGUGCCAACAUUACUCCACAGCGCCAACACUCUCCACAGCGCCCACUGCGCCAACACUACUCCACAGCGCCAACACUUAUCCACAGAGACCACUACUCCACAGCGCCUACACUACUCUACAGCGCCUACAGUACUCAACAGCGCCAACACUACUCCACAGAGACCACUACUCAACAGUGCCAUCACUACUCCAAAGAGACCACUACUCCACAGCGCCUACACUUCUCCACAGCGCCUACAAUACUCCUGAUCGCCAACACUACUCCACAGAGACCACUACUCAACAGUGCCAACACUACUCCACAGAGACCACUACUCCACAGCGCCAACACUACUCCACAGAGACAACUACUCCAGAGCGCCUAG